AUCUUUGAUGAAGCUAUGACCGGAUUCCGUUCGGCGUAUGGAGGAGCUCCAGAGUAUUUUGGCAUUGUUCCUGAUUUGACAACUCUAGGAAAAAUAAUUGGUGGGGGUCUGCCAGUAGGUGCAUAUGGGGGAAGAAGGGAUAUUAUGGAAAUGGUGGCACCAGCAGGACAUAUGUACCAGGCUGGUACUUUGAGUGGAAACCCCUUGGCUAUGGCUGCAGGAAUAGAGACUCUGAAGCUUAUUAAGGAACCAGGAACUUAUGAGUACUUAGAUAAAGUCACUGGAGAACUUGUUCAAGGGAUUCUUCAAGUUGGAAAGAGUGCAGGACAUUCCAUGUGUGGUGGGCAUAUAAAUGGGAUGUUUGGUUUUUUCUUUACAGAAGGACCUGUCUUCAAUUUCGCCGAUGCUAAGAAGAGUGACUUAGCCAAGUUCGCUAGGUUCUACCGGGGAAUGUUGAAGCAAGGUGUAUAUUUUGCACCUUUACAAUUUGAGGUUGGGUUCACAAGCUUGGCACAUACUACUGAAGACAUCAAAAUGACAAUAGCAGCCAGAUAUGAUAUGAUAUGA